AAGUUAGAUCGGAAGCUUUUUCCAUUUGAUUCGGCUGCCAUUGCUCCAGACAGGGACUUCCAAUAGAGCAGGUGUGUGCUUUUUGUGUGUGCUUAUCUUCCCUUUUCCAGAAGCAUAACAACUGAAAGGAUUAGACAAAGAACGGGACCGCAUGAUUGACUAGCAGGCAAAACAUUUAUAACUUGAUGGUUGACUAAAUAAGCUGAAGAAUAAGGACUAACAUUUCCACGGUAGACAGUAGGCUCCCAUGACCCCAAUUUCGUAGAGGGUCAAGAAGCCAAGAUGGGGGUUUCGGACGAAGAAUCGGCCCCGACGUUUACCAAGAAGCCUUCCCUUAGGCAAGAAGACGAUGGCAACAAACUCGUAUUCGAGUGCCAGUUGAUCACAAACCCCAAAUGUACCAUACAGUGGUACAGGGGGGACGUGAAACUGGACGAUGACCACCGGACUAAAGUGCGCAUGAAUGAAAUAGGCCCUAACAAAUACAACGUGAGCCUCGAAUUGAAUGAUGUGUUCGAAACGGACGCAGGAAUGUACAAAGUGACUGCCAAGAACAAAUUUGGAGAUGUGUCAGCUUCCAUUAACCUUAACUUCAGUCCUGCCGACGAACCACACGAAUACCAAACCGAUGGCAUUCCUCCCACAUUUUCGAAGAAGCCGUCAAUUCGCCAAGAAGAUGAAGGCAGGAAACUUCUCUUCGAAAGCCGAAUUCUAGCCGACCCUAAACCCCAAGUGUUCUGGUUUCACAAUAGUAAUCCUGUUGUGGAAUCUGCACGCUGUAAGGUUAAACUCGACAAAGAUGGAAAUGCUUAUUUUUCUACGUUAGAAAUUAAUGAUGUAACCAUUGAAGACGCCGGAAAAUACAAAGUUUUAGCCAAGAAUGAACUUGGUGAAAGUCAUGCUUCCAUUAGUUUGAAUUUCGAUAGUGAAGAUGAAGGCGUUCCAGCCGAAGGGACCAGACCUGUUUUUACUGAGAAGCCUACCAUUAAAGGAGCCGAUAACUUCAGCAAAGUCACAUUUGAGUGCAGACUAAUUGCUGACCCCAAACCCACAAUACAAUGGCUCCACAAUGGCAAACCAAUCCCAGAAGGAGGCAGGUACAAAUAUGGCCUUAUUUCAGACAAGCACAACCACAUCGUUUCAUUAGAAGUACAAAAAGUAACCGGUGCCGAUGGAGGAGAGUACAAAGCUGUUGCUAAAAACAAGCAUGGGGAUGGCCAUGCGAACAUUACUCUAAAUUUUGAAGAUGACAAGCCACAAAUUCCAAAAGGGAAAGCUCCACGUUUCCCACAGAAACCGACCAUUAAGCAAGGAGAAGCACUGGUACUGGAGUGCAUACUCGAAGCAGAUCCAAUGCCAGACAUCGUUUGGUAUCAUGACACAAAGAAAAUUGUUGAUGGGAAAAGGCACAAAAUUCAACAAAAGAGCACUGGAGCUGACACAUAUAAACUCACGCUUGAAAUUAGGGACCCAGUUACAGAGGACGGAGGCAACUACAGAUGCAAUGCUAUAAACGAAUUUGGAGAAAGCAAUGCAAACAUUGCUCUAAACUUCCAAGAUAGUGGUAAAGGCGAAGGCCUUGCACCAGAAUUUUUAGAAAAACCUCGAAUCAUUCCAAAAGAAGGCGGCAAGCUGAUUAUCAUGCAAUGCAAAGUAAAAGCAAAACCAGCUCCGAAGAUCACUUGGUACCAGGGUACUAAGGUUGUAAAAGAAACUAAUAGGGUACAAGCUAAAGUUAUUGAAGGGUCCGGAGAUGAGUUUACAGUAUCAUUGGAAGUACGAGAUCCUUCGAAAGACGAUGGAGGAGCCUACAAAUGCCAUAUGAUAAACGAACAUGGCGAACUGAAUGCAAAUUUGAAUUUAGACAUUCAAGCGGAGAAAGCUCCAUCUGGUGAAGCUCCUACAUUUGUUGAAAAACCGAAAAUUACUCAACAAGAUGGCGGAAACCGAAUCAUAAUGGAGUGCAAAGUGAGGGCUAGUCCAAAACCGGAUAUCAAAUGGACGUGUGAUGGGGUAGACGUUAAAGAAAGCACACGAAUAAAACAAACUAUCAAACAAGAGAAAGAUGUUUACCACAUUGUACUGGAAUUAAAGAAUUUGGAAUUCACUGAUGCCGGUUUGUACAAAUGCAAUGUGAAAAACGCACAUGGAGAAAGCAAUGCCAAUCUCACCCUGAAUAUUGAAUUGGCUCCAGUCAUCAAAGAGAAGCCAAAGAUUAUCAGAAAAGAAAUUCACAAGACUGUGAUAAUCGAGUGCCGAGUCUCCUCAGUUUCUAAACCCAAAUGCACCUGGUUCAAGGAAUCAAGCAUGGUGUCAGAAAGCAGCAAGCACCAGGUCCGCAUCACGGAAGUCAGCAAAGGCGAGUUCGCUGUAGCUUUGGAAAUCGACAAGCCCACGACGGCGGACAAGGGCAAUUACAAGAUGGUUGCUAAGAACGAGAAAGGAGAAAUAUCAUCCACAGCAGUUCAAGUAGACAUUGAAGAAGAAAAAGUUGAAAAAAAAGAAGAAAAAAAACCAACUGGAGAGAAACCGAAAAUUGUUCAGCCACCAAAAUCAAUUACAGUAGAAUCAGGAAAAAGUGCUGAAUUUACAUGCAAAAUUGAAUCAAAAACCAAGUCCACAGUUACGUGGUACAAAGGUACGCAAGUACUGAAAGAAUCUAAAGAAACCAAAAUAAGUUUUGACGGCACUUUUGCCAGCUUGACAAUAACACAGACAACAUCAACAUCUUCAGGAAGCUACAAGAUCGAGGUGUCCAAUGACUUUGGAAAAGUGGAAAGUUCUGCUACAUUGACUGUUGAAGAGAAAAAGAAAGUUGAAGAAAAGAAGGAAGAAAAGAAAGUGGAAAAGAAGGAAGAAAAGAAAGUAGAAAAGAAAGAAGAAACUAAAAUAGAGAAAAAAGAAGAAGUAAAAGUCGAAAAGAAAGAAUCACUGAAGGUUGAAAAGAAACAAGAGCUAAAAGUGGAGAAGAAGGAAGAAACUAAAGUUGAGAAAAAGGUUGAAAAGAAAGAGUCUCUAAAAGUAGAAAAGAAGGAGGAAAAGAAGACUACAGCCAAGCAAGCAGCUGUGCCCCAAAUUGCAAUUGAGGAGACAAAAGAAACAGCCGCUCCGAAAGGCAAGGGUCCUCAAGUGCCUGUUUUGAUCAAGGAGCCUUCCCCAGAACCAGGAUCCAGGAAGGGCUCCACUGACGUAAGUGCCGGCAUGGGCAGUCGAGUGGGAAGUCGUAGGGGCUCUUAUGUGGACCUUAGCCCUAGUCCUGGUGGUUCAAGGAGGGGGUCAAUCAUUAUUGCUGACGAGAAAGGUCUUGUUGUUGACGAAACUGGUAAAACGAAAAAAUUACGACCUGGUGAAAUGUUAGAAGUCCAGACGCAAAAACGAAGAAAAAGUAUUGAUGUUAGAAGAGUAAGUGUAUCUGAGCUUCAAGAAAUGAUUGACAAACCCUGCACACCGCUAAAACCUCUUCCAGACAGUGAAAAGUGUGCUCCUUCCAUCAUUGAUUUCCAGCAGAAUUAUUCCGCCGUCGAAGGUGCUACUGCUUACCUAUCAUUCCAAGUGGAAGGCAAUCCAGCUCCACAAUUCCAUUUUUGGAAAGGUAUCUCAGAAAUCUUCGAAGGAGGCCGUUACAAAAUUUUCACUGAUGGCAAUUCCAAUACUGUGGCUCUAUGUAUACGAAAAGCACAAGCUAAGGAUGAAGGAAAGUACAAAAUUGUGGCCUACAACGAAGUCGGGGAAGACACACAGGAAGUUAGUCUGUUUGUCAGCGAUGAAAGUGGAAUGGAUUUUAGGGCAAUGUUGAAAAAAAGACAAUAUGCCAAAUGGAAGGAAGAACAGGAAGAUCCAAAUUAUAACCUGAAACCGCCUGAAAAAGAACGACGACCAUCUUUAAGGGAAACAAAGAAAAAAGACGAAUUCGUCAAGCCACUGAUCGAUUCUCGUGCUAAAGAAGGCAAAGAUAAGAAAUUACGAUUAGAGGCAGUAUUCUCCAAAUUGAAUGUGAAAGCCAAAUGGUUUAAAGGCAAGGAAGAAUUAUUCUUGGGUAAGAAAUACCACAUGCAAAGUGAAGGGGAUUUGCACGUGUUGAUCAUCAACAAUCCCACUGAGGAUGAUGCAGGAAGAUAUAAGAUUGAAUGUAUGGGCAUUGGCAGUUCCUGCAUUGUAGAAGUUGAUGAACCAGAUCCAGUAUACAAGUUUACUAAGAGAUUGCAAGAUACCACUGACGCAUAUACAACAAAGGAAAUAGUUUUGGAAUGUGCCGUAAACGAUUACAAAGCAAUUGUUACCUGGUACAAAGACGGACAGAAAAUCGAGGCAUCUGACAAAUAUGUUAUUGAAGCAGAUCCUCUCGGCCGAAAACUGCUGAAAAUUACAGAUCUGAAACUUGGUGAUAGUGGACAAUAUCUGUGCAAGAUUAAUGCUGAAGAAAAAACAGAAACAAAAUUAGUUGUAACUGAUCAACUAUUCAAGUUCACGAAGCCGUUGAAGAGCAUCAAGGUAACUGAAAAUACGGAAGCAGUGCUGGAGUGUGAGUUAGACGACUGGGAAGGAAAAGUCACGUGGUUCAAAGGAGAGAAAGAAUUGAAACCUGACCCCGUCGUGGAACAAGUGGCUCAAAUUCGACGCAGAAAACUCAUUUUCAAAGGUGUGCGCUUGGGUGACGAGGGAAAAUACACCUGCAAGUCAAAUGCUGAUAGCACAGUUUGUGAAAUGAUUGUUGAGCCUGCCAACAAAAUCAUGAAAAAGUUGAAAGAUUGCACCCUUCUUGAGAGAAGCAAAAGCAUACUGGAGGUUGAAAUGUUGGACAAGAAAGCACCUGUGGAAUGGUUUAAGAAUGGUGAAAAAAUUAUUCCAACCGACAGAAUUCACAUCAAAAUGCAUGAUGACGGAAAACAUCACUUGAUUUUCACUACCCUCGAGAUGGAGGACGCUGGCGAGUACAUGUGCCAAGCAAAAGAUCUAAAGACAGCUUGCAAGCUAACAGUGGAACAGGCUGAGAGGGCGCCUGUUAUUAAACUGGACAAAUUUGACUUCAUUGGUGAAGCUGGAAAACCAUAUCAAAUAGAAGUUCCUUAUGAAAUUAUUGGCACGAGAACAUCGAAAGCGGUGGCCAAAUUGUUGCGCAACGGACAACCAGUAGGUCCGAAAGAAGUGGAUAUUGUUGUUAAAGACGAAAAAGUGGUUAUAACAUUCCGUAAAGCAGUCAGAGGAUCAACUGGAAAAUACGGCUUUACACUGACGAAUUCUCAAGGUGAAGCAGCUUGUGAAAUGGAUAUUAACAUUCAAGAUGUGCCCACAGUACCAGAGGGUCCACUGGAAGUAUUUGACGUUUACAGAGACCGCUGCAAGCUGAAGUGGAAGCCUUGCAAGGACACAGGUGGCAUGCCGUUGAAGCACUACUUAAUCGAAAGACAAGACUUGGGGGCGAGAGGAGGAUGGGCAGAAGUGGCCACCACCGAAGACACCAAGUUCGAUGUCACUGAUCUGACUCCAAAGAAGGAAUAUAAAUUCAGAGUCAGAGCCAUCAACGAAAAAGGAUCCUCACAGCCCCUAGUAGCGCCGAAAAAUACAUUUGCUAAAGAUCCUUAUGAUGAACCGUCUAAGCCAGGAAAUGUGGAAAUUGAAGACUGGGAUGCUGGCAGAGUAGAUAUAAAAUGGACGCCGCCAGAGAGUGACGGUGGAGCACCAAUUACGAGCUAUAUUGUGGAGUACAAAGACAAAUUUUCUGGUGAUUGGACAACGGGACCAGAAGUUGGAUCUAAUGAACUCAAGUGCCGUGUUGAUGGGUUGAAAGAAGGUGUUCAAUAUCAGUUCCGGGUGAAAGCAGUAAAUAAAGCUGGUCCCGGUGAACCAAGUGACCCAUCAAAACCAGUCAUUGCUAAACCAAGAUAUGUUAAACCAUACAUCAUUGGUGACGAGGUAAAAGGAAUGAUCAUCAAAAAGGGCAACAUCAUAAAGUAUGAGAUCCAAUUUGGCGGUGAGCCACCUCCGACAGUGAAAUGGUCUCGAGAUUUGAAUGAACUUACGCCAUCAAAAAAAAUCACUAUUGACAGCACAGGGAAGGACACUACACUGCUAGUCAAAAGCGCUGAGCGUGGUGAUAGUGGAAAAUACACAUUGACUCUCACAAAUUCCUCAGGAUCGAUUUCGUCUUGGGGCGAUGUCAUCGUUUUAGAUAAACCGACAGCACCACGGGGACCACUGAAAGCAGAUGAAGUCCGUGCGGACCACGUUAAGCUUAACUGGAAGAAACCAGAAGACACUGGUGGACAAGAUCUCAAAGGUUAUAUUAUCGAAAAAAUGGAUACUGAUACUGGACGUUGGGUUCCGGCUGGAGAAGUUGGCCCACACGAAAAUAACUUUACUGUGGAUGGAUUAACUCCUAAGAAAAAAUACAAAUUUAGAGUCAAAGCUAUCAACAAAGAUGGAGAAUCUCCAGCUUUAGUUACUGAAGAAGCAAUUGAAGCUAGAAACCCAUACGAUGAGCCUGGAAAGCCACCAAAGCCAGAGAUAAUUGAUUACGACAACACCAAAGUAGAACUUAAGUGGGUUCCACCCGACAACGAUGGUGGUAGACCGAUCCUGCACUACAUCGUUGAAAUGAAAGACAAGUUCAGUGUUGCCUGGACUGAAGUGUUGAAGACUGCUGAUAACAAGUGCAGAGGUGUAGUUGAGGGAUUGAAAGAGAACUCUGUUGUGCAAUUUCGAGUCAGAGCCGUCAACAAAGCAGGAGCUGGUGAACCCAGUGAACCUACGGCUAAUCAUACUGUGAAGCAUAGAAACUUAAAACCAUAUAUCGACCGAACAAAUCUUAAGAACCAAAUGAUAAAAGUUGGAAGAUCAGUCAAAUUCGACGUUGAUGUCAGAGGCGAGCCUCCACCAGAAAUCACAUGGUCUUUCGCCGAUCAUAAAGUGGUUCAAGAUGAUCACGUCAAAGUAGACAACAGAGAUUACCACACUGUGUUCAAUCUUAACAAAGCAAAGAGGAAACAUUCAGGAAGAUAUACGAUCAUUGCCAGCAAUGCAUCAGGAAAAGACAUGGUUUCUGUUGAUAUAACUGUUCUAGGAAAACCAGCUAAGCCGGAAGGUCCGCUUGAAGUGUCUGAUGUUCACAAGGAGGGCUGUAAAUUAAAAUGGAACAAACCAAAAGAUGAUGGAGGUGCUCCUAUUCAACAAUAUGAAGUGGAGAAAUAUGAUAAGGAAACUGGCAGAUGGACACGCGUUGGCAAAGUGAGCGGUGACAAGCCGGAAAUGGAUGUGACUGGACUUACACCAGGAAAGGAAUAUCUCUUCCGAGUUGCUGCCGUCAACGAAGAAGGCGAAUCAGAACCUUUGGAAACUCUGAGACCUAUUAUUGCAAAGAAUCCUUUUGAUGAGCCUGGAAAACCAGGCGUUCCAGAGUUUGCUGACUGGGAUAACUGCAGCGUGGACUUAAAGUGGGCAGCUCCAGCCAGUGACGGAGGAUCACCCAUCACCAAAUACAUCAUCGAGAAGAAAGAAAAAUUCUGCAUGAAUUGGGAAAAGGCCGCUGAAGUGCUCGGUGACAAAUGCGAAGCCAAAGUCGUGGAUCUUAAAGAAAAAGCUGAAUAUCAGUUUAGAGUUAUUGCUGUUAAUGCUGCUGGUCCUAGUGAACCGAGCGAUACUACCAAACAUCACCUUGUCAAACACAGGAAAUUAAAACCGCAAAUUGAUCGAACCAACUUGGAAACAACGACGAUUCGAAAAGGUAAAUCGUUGAAAUUGGAUGUCAAUAUCAAAGGAGAGCCAGCUCCUACAGUCAAAUGGCUUUUGAAAGACAAGCCUGUUGAAAACUCAGAAGGUAGAGAAAUUGUAAACGUGGAUUACAAUACCAAAUUAAUUAUUCACGUUGGCCAGAGAAAGUACACCGGCACAUAUAAAAUUAUUGCAGAAAAUGAGCACGGAAAAGAUGAAGCAGAAGUUGAAAUAAUCAUUUUGGGUGCUCCAUCCAAGCCAAAGGGUCCACUUCAAGUGAGUGACGUCCACGCCAAAGGUUGCAAGCUCAAAUGGGAGCCACCAGAAGACGAUGGUGGUAAGCCCAUCAACCACUACCAAGUGGAGAAGAUGGACACGAAUACUGGUUCUUGGGUGCCUGUUGGCAGGGCCGAGAGUGACAAACCGGAAAUUGAUGUCCCAGGACUCAUACCCGGAAAAGAGUAUCAGUUUAGAGUCAAGGCAGUGAACGCCGAAGGAGAGUCCGAACCUCUGGUAACGGAUAAGCCUACUGUUGCCAAAAAUCCAUUCGAGGCUGCCAGUGCACCUGGAGUCCCAGAAAUCGUCGACUGGGAUGAGAAUAUGGUAGAUCUGAAAUGGACACCACCUAAAAAUGAUGGAGGUGCUGGCAUAACUGGCUACAUCAUCGAGAAGAAAGAACGAUUUGCCACCAAUUGGGAUGUUGGUGCAGAAGUACAAGGCUCAAAACCAGAGGGCAAAGUGACCGGCCUACUGAAAGGUCACCAGUAUGAGUUCCGAGUAAAAGCAAUCAACAAAGCAGGAGAAGGAGAACCUAGUGAACCAACAAAACCACACAUCGCGAAAGCAAGGAAUCUUGCCCCCAAAAUCAAUCGUGCCAAUCUGCAAGACAUCACCAUCCGUGCAGGAAACUCCACCAAGCUUGAUGUUGAAGUUGAAGGCGAGCCUCCAGCAACCAUCACGUGGCACUUAGGAGAGAAACCCGUUGAACCUGAUGACGUGGUACAAUUCCACAACGAAGAUUAUGCGACGCAUAUAAAGUUUACUCACUUGACUCGACCAUACAGUGGGAAAUAUACCAUUCGUGCAGUGAAUAAAAACGGAAAGGACGAGGCAACUGUGAAUAUUAAAGUAUUAGCCAAGCCAACGAAGCCAGAAGGCCCUAUCGAAAUUACCGAUGUACAUGCCGAAGGGUGCAAGUUGGAGUGGCAACCGCCAAAGGAUGACGGUGGAAUGCCAUUGGAAGGAUAUCAAGUGGAAAAACUAGACGUACUCAAAGGCAUUUGGACACCUGUUGGAAAAGUGGAUAAAGAUACCACAGAGAUCCCAGUGACAGGAUUGGAGCAAGGCAAAAAGUACCAUUUCAGAGUGAAAGCUAUUAACAACGAAGGUGAAUCUGAGCCACUUGAAACGGAUCGCUCAACAUUAGCGAAAAAUCCAUUUGAAAAACCUGGCGCACCUGGAAUUCCAGAAGUGGUCGAUUAUGACAAGGACUUUGUCCAAUUGAAAUGGGACCCACCAGCAAGAGACGGCAAUGCCCCAAUCACUGGUUACGUUAUUGAAAAGAAAGACAAGAUAUCCGGUCAGUGGGUUAAAGCUGCAGACGUUAGUGGAAACGAAGGAAAAGUUGGAGGUUUAAUUGAAGGACAAAAAUAUGAAUUCCGCGUAAGGGCAGUCAACAAGGCGGGACCAGGAGAACCCAGUGAAGCCACACCUCCUCAUUUGGCUAAACCUAGAUUCUUGAAACCACGCAUCGACAGAACAAACUUAAAGAAUAUGGCUAUCAAAAUUGGUCAAACAGUCAACCUGGAUGUGAAUAUCAUUGGCGAGCCGCCGCCUGAAGUAAAAUGGGAGCUAAACGACGUCGAAGUGAAAACUUCUGACGUAAUUCGAAUCGACAAUGCCGAUUACAAUACGAAAUUCUACCUCCUCCGUGCUACACGAAAAGAAAGUGGAAUAUACACAAUCACUGCCACCAACAAGAUGGGAAAAGAUGAAGCAAAGGUAGAGAUAUUUGUCAUGGGUAAGCCCAGUAAGCCCAGAGGGCCCUUGGAUGUGUCAGACGUGCACAAAGAAGGCUGCACCUUGAAGUGGACAGAGCCCGAAGACGAUGGAGGCAGUCCGAUCGAAUACUACGAAGUCGAAAAAAUGGAUGAAGACACUGGAGUUUGGGUGCCUGCUGGCAAGUCGCAGACGCCCAAGUGCGACCUUACAAACUUGCAGCCUGGAAAGAAAUACAAGUUCCGUGUUCGCGCUGUCAACAAGGAAGGUGACUCCGAAGAACUCGAAACCGAUCAAUCUACCCUUGCAAAGAAUCCAUUUGAUGAACCAUCUAAACCUGGUCGUCCAGAACCAACAGAUUGGGAUGUGGACCAUGUUGACCUACAGUGGGCACCACCCGCUAGCGACGGAGGAUCUCCUGUCACAAAGUACAUCAUAGAAAAGAGAAAGAAAGGAGCUCACAAGUGGCACAAGGCUAAGGAAAUUCCGGGAGGCCAGACAUCCGGAACUGUUGGAGAUCUUGAAGAGGGAGAGGAGUAUGAAUUCAGGGUGAUUGCUGUUAACAAGGGAGGAAAGAGUGAACCUAGCGAUUCGUCAAGACCAGUUAUUGCUAAGCCAAAGAAUUUGGCACCAAAAAUAGAUCGCACCAAUUUGAAACCACACACUGUCAGAAGUGGACAAGCAGUGCGACUAGAAAUCGAUGUUAAAGGUGAACCUACACCAACAAUCACAUGGACGAUUGAUGGAAAACCCUUACCUGAGUCUUCCAGGAUCAAACCGAUCAUCGAGGCUAACCGUACCGUAUUCGUUAUCAGCAAGGCUCUACGAAAAGAUUCAAAUAAAUAUGUGAUAACGGCAAAGAAUUCCAAUGGCACGGAUGAAGCAACGUUGGAACUGAAAGUACUGGGUAAACCAAGCAAACCAAAAGGUCCAUUAAAGGUCGAAGAUGUGCAUGCUGAAGGUUGCAAACUCGCUUGGGAUCCACCCGAGGACGACGGAGGUGAACCAAUUCAGCAAUACGUAGUGGAGAAGAUGGACACAGAAACUGGAAGAUGGGUUCCAGUUCUCACAACAAAAGAACCCAACGCCGAGAUUACCGGACUCAUUCCAGGGAAAGAUUACAAGUUCAGAGUGAAAGCACUCAAUCCUGAAGGAGAAUCGGAAGCGCUGGAGACGGAAAAAGCCAUAACUGCCAAGAAUCCAUUCGAUGAGCCAGGGCAACCUGGAAAGCCAUCUGCAAAGGAUUGGGAUAAGCAUCAUGUUGACCUCACUUGGCCAGCACCAAUGAGUGAUGGUGGAUCUCCAAUAACCAGUUACAUCAUCGAGAAGAAGGAUAAGUACAGUAGCAAGUGGCAGAAAGCUAUUGAAAUUAUCGGAGAUGCUUGCGAGGCUAGAGUGCCUGAUCUCAUCGAAGGCAUGGAGUACAAUUUCAGAGUUCGGGCUGUUAACAAAGCAGGUCCCGGUGAGCCAAGCAUACAGAGUGAUUCUAUUGUGGCUAAAAUCCGAUAUAUGGCUCCUAAAAUCGACCGGGGCAUGCUGAAAGACAUUAUGAUCCAUGCUAGCCAGAGUGUGAAGUUCGAUGUGAAGGUUCUCGGAGAGCCACCACCGAAGAAGAUUUGGAUGAUAGGAAAUAUCACUUUGAAGGCUGGGGGGAAAGUCAACAUCGAGAAUGAGCCUUAUCGUUCCAAACUAAACCUGAUUAACUGUGAUAAACGAGAUACGGGUACAUACAUAAUCAAGGCUGAGAAUAGUGUUGGUUCUGAUGAAGCUACAGUUGAGUUAAUGGUACUAGAUCGCCCCGGAGCACCUACAGGGCCCUUGGAAAUAUCAGACGUUCAUGCUGAAGGUUGCAAGUUAAAAUGGAACCCUCCAGAAGAAGAUGGAGGAGUCCCAGUCGAACAUUAUGCUGUGGAGAAGAUGGACACAGCUACUGGAAGGUGGGUGCCAGUGGGAAGAAGUCUUGGACCAGAAAUUGAUGUUGGAAACCUGGAACCCGGGCAUGAAUACAAAUUCAGAGUGAAAGCAGUAAAUGCUGAAGGUGAAUCAGAUCCACUAGAUGCUUCUGAGCCAGUAGUUGCAAAGAACCCGUAUGACCCACCAGGUCAACCAAGUACUCCUGAAGUGAAGGACUGGGAUAAAGACCGUGUUGAACUGGCUUGGACACCUCCAGCCAAAGACGGUGGUGCUCCGAUUACUGGCUAUAUUAUCGAAAAGAAACGCAAAGGAUCCACACAAUGGACCAAAGCAGCUGAAGUGGACGGUGAUGCCACGUCAGGGAAAGCAACUGGUCUUGAGAAUGGUGAAACCUAUCAAUUCAGAGUUCGGGCAGUUAACCAAGCUGGCCCUGGUGAGCCCAGUGAAGCUACGAAACCGGUGCUGGUUAAACCAAGAAAAUUGGCACCGAAGAUCGACCGACGCAACUUGGUUAACAUCAGCAUCAAGGCCGGUCAAGCUUUCUCAUUCGAUGUCAAGAUCAAAGGCGAGCCAGCACCUACCGUCCGAUGGAUGCUUAAAGAUAAGCAGGUUGAAGAAAGGUCCGACUUGAGCAUAACAAACAUUCCUCACAAUACGAAACUUGUCUGUGAUAGUGCUCAGCGAAUCGAUUCCGGCAUUUAUAGAAUCAUUGCCUCCAAUGCUCAUGGCGAAGACCGCGCAGAUGUCGAAGUCUCCGUGCUUGCCAAGCCUUCAAAACCAGAAGGCCCUCUCAUCGUAUCCGAUGUGCAUAAGCAUGGCUGUAAAUUGAAGUGGAACAAGCCCAAGGACGAUGGUGGUGAACCACUGGAAGGUUAUGUCAUUGAAAAGGAAGAUCCAGAAACCGGUCUCUGGAUACCAGUGACUAAGUCGUACGUCCCUGAAGCGGAAAUUACCGGACUUACACCAGGAAAGGCUUACAAAUUCAGAGUAAAAGCUGUCAAUAAAGAAGGUGAAUCAGAACCUUUGGAAACAUUUGCACCAGUUGUUGCCAAAGAUCCGUUCGAUCCUCCGGGUGCUCCUGGAACACCAGAGCCCACGGACUGGAAUAAAGACCACGUGGACCUCGCGUGGAAAGCUCCCGAUUCUGAUGGAAACUCAGCCAUCAGCCAUUACAUCAUUGAAAAGCGGGAAAAGGGGUCGCCCCGCUGGGAGAAGGCGGCUGAAGUUCCAGGGGACCAGACUAAAGGAACCGCCCCUUUCCUCACAGAAGGAAAGGACUAUGAGUUCCGAGUCAUUGCCGUUAAUAGAGCAGGACCGGGUGAACCCAGCGCUGCAUCCAAAACUGUCACGGCAAAACCACGUUUCUUGGCACCAAUUAUUGAUAGGAAGAACUUACAAGAUAUAACAGUGAAAGCAGGUCAAACAAUCAAGUUCGACGUGAAUGUAAUCGGAGAACCACCACCGACAAUAAUUUGGACUAUAAAUGAAAUGGAAGUAAAACCCUCUGAUCGCAUUACCCUCAAUAAUGAGGAUUAUAACACGAAAUUAGUGAUCAGGAGGGCCACAAGAGCUGAAAACGGAAAAUUUAUCAUCACCGCAUCCAACAGUUCUGGACGGGAUGCUGCCAACGUCAUUGUGACAGUUCAAGACAAACCAUCGCCACCACAAGGACCUCUUGAUGUGUCUGAUGUCCAUAAAGAUGGUUGCAAGCUUAAAUGGAAGAGGCCAGCUGAUGAUGGUGGAGUUCCUCUAGAAGGCUAUCUUGUUGAGAAAAUGGAUGAAGAAACUGGUAUCUGGGUACCUGUAGCAAAGACGAAAGAUCCAAGUAUGGAAGUCACUGGUUUAACACCAGGAAAGAAAUUCAAAUUUCGAGUUCGAGCUUUGAACAAGGAAGGCGAAUCAGACCCUCUGGAAACAACAGAAGCUAUAACUGCCAAGAAUCCAUUCGACGAACCUAGUGCACCCGGAAACUUGGAAGUCACGGAUUGGGACAAAGAUCACAUCGAUCUAAAAUGGACUCCGCCAGAAUCGGAUGGAGGCUCUCCAAUUACUAGCUACGUAGUAGAAGUAAAGGACAAACUAGGCAACUGGGAGAAGGCCAUGGACGUUCCAGCAGGACAAACUACAGCCUCUGUACCUGAUCUCGUACAGGGACAAGCCUAUGAAUUCAGAGUUAAAGCUGUGAACAAAGCAGGACCUGGCGAACCAAGUAAUGCAACGCCGCCUGUAGUUGCUAAGCCGAGAAGGCUUGCCCCUAAAAUUGACCGAUCUACGUUGCACAAAAUCCGAGUGAAGGCAGGACAAUCAUUCCACUUCGAAGCUAACGUCAUUGGUGAACCACCCCCGACUAUGACUUGGGCACUCAGGACAAGAACCAUUGAAAGUGGGGACAGAGUGAAAAUAGCAAAUGAGGAAUACAGCACAAAAAUCACAGUGAGACAGUGUCGAAGAGAUGACAACGGGGUGUACAUACUUACGGCAACUAACGAACACGGAAAAGAUGAAGCAGAAGUUGAAGCAGUUGUUUACGAUAAACCAACUCCACCAGGAGCUUUGAAGAUAGAAGAUGUACAUGCUGAGGGUUGCAAUCUUUCCUGGAAUCCUCCAUCUGAUGACGGGGGUAUGCCAGUGGACCACUACUUAGUAGAAAAACAAGAUCCUAAAACUGGUGCUUGGACACCUGUUGGGGAAACUUUUGGACCAGAAACUUCUAUGAAGGUUAAAGGACUACAGCCUGGAAGAAUGUAUAAAUUCAGAGUGAGGGCUGCAAAUAGACAAGGCGAGUCUGAGCCUUUGGAAGCAGACAAAACCAUUGUUGCCAGAAAUCCAUUCGAUGCUCCAGGAAAACCAGGCACUCCAGAAAUUGAGGAUUACGAUCGAGAUUUUGUGCAGUUGAAGUGGAAAGCGCCAGAAAAGGAUGGCGGUUCACCAAUCACAGGAUACGUCAUUGAAAAGAAAGACAAGCUUAGCGGUGACUGGAUGACUGUACAAGAUGUUCCUGGGGAUCAAACUACAGCUAAAGUUCCUGAUCUAAUUGAAGGUGGCGUGUACGAAUUCAGAAUACGUGCAGUCAACAAAGGUGGACCCGGAGAGCCUAGUGAUUCUACUGGUCAACAUGUUGCUAAGCCAAAGAACUUGGCACCACAUAUUGAUCGAAAUGCAAUGAUCAACAUCAGAUUGAAAGCUGGCAAGAGUUUUGAACUUAACGUACCUGUUUCUGGAGAGCCUCCGCCAAAGAAGACCUGGACUUUGAACGGCAAAAUGGUCAUGGAUGAUCUUCGUUGGUACUUUACGUACGAGGAUUACAGGACAAUUGUUAAAGUAAAGAAGGCCCUGAGAGAAGAUUCUGGAAGUCUCAUGCUAACAGCAACCAACUCGAACGGAACAGAUAGUGCAAAGAUAACAGUUGUCAUUUUAGAUGUACCACUUGCACCAAAGAACUUGCAAAUCACUGAUAUCACGAAGGAAGGUUGUAUGGUAAACUGGAGUCCUCCUGAUGAUGACGGCGGAAAUGACAUCCAGCACUACACUGUUGAGAAGAAGGAUAUGGAGACUGGUCGGUGGGUGCCUGUAGAUGAGACCAUCAACACGUACCUGUAUGCCGAUAAGCUGAUAGAGAUGCACGAAUACCAGUUCCGUGUGAAGGCUGUGAAUAGAGAAGGCAGUUCUCAGUGGGUAAUGACGAAGCAAGCAAUUGUGGCCAAGAAUCCUUUUGAUCCUCCAGAAAAACCAAGCACACCUACUGCAAGUGACUGGGAUUCGCAUUUCAUUGAACUAGAAUGGCGACCGCCGAGAAAAGAUGGCGGUGCCCCUGUCAGCAGUUACGUCAUUGAAAAACGUUUGAAAGGAAGUCCUCUAUGGGAAGAAGCCGCAAGAGUGGCUGGUGAAGUCACCAAAACUAAGAUAUCCGAUUUGGUUGAAGGAGAAGAAUACGAAUUCCGCCUUAUCGCUAUCAACAAGGCCGGUCCUAGUGAGCCCAGUGAUCCAACACAGCCUAUUACAGCUAAACCUCGCCAUUUGGCACCGAUUGUGGAUCGUCUCACUUUGCUCGACCAAAGAGUUCGUGCUGGCCGCCCCAUCACAUAUCAGGUGGCAAUUAAAGGAGAACCAGCACCAAUUGCAUCAUGGUCCAUCAACGAUAAACCUGUCAUCGGUAAUCCUAGGGUAGACGUUCAAACGAGUCCAACAACCUGUUUCUUCGAAAUCUUAAUCUCCGUUCGAUCCGACACUGGAAAGUACACACUGAAUUUGGAAAACAACUCUGGAAGAUUAUCGACAUCGGCCACAGUUACUGUUUUGGAUCGCCCGUCACCACCGGAAGGACCGCUAGAUGUUAGUGACGUCACCAAAGAAUCCGCAGUUCUAACUUGGAAAGCUCCAAAGGAUGAUGGCGGCUGUCCCAUCAAGUACUACCUUAUUGAAAAAAUGGACUCUUCACGUGCCACUUGGAUGGAGGCUGGACAGUCGACGUCACUAAGCUUCAAAGUUACGAGAUUGGUUCAUCACAAAACAUAUCAGUUUAGAGUCAUUGCAGUGAAUGAAAUUGGUAAUUCAGAUCCCUUGGAAAAAGAGCAAGGUGUAACAGCCAAAGAUCCAUUUGAACCACCAAGCACUCCAGGAAAACCAGAAGCUACUGAUUGGGGCAGUGAUUUUGUGGAGCUGACAUGGCCAGCACCCAAAGAUGAUGGAGGUUCUCCAGUUUCCGGUUACAUUAUACAGAAAAAACUCAAAGGUUCUAAUUUGUGGGAGAAAGGUGUUGAAGUUGUCGGCGCGGAAACUAAAGGAAAAGUUCCUUAUUUGAUAGAAGGGCAGGAUUACGAAUUUAGAGUGAUUGCUCUCAACAAAGGAGGACAGAGUGAUCCCAGCGAGCCUUCAGAAUUGAUCACAGCUAAACCAAGAUUCUUGGCGCCUAAAAUCAUAACGCCGAUGAAAGAAAUGGAAGUAAAGAUGGGAGACAUCCUGCACAUUGAAAUUAAGUUCAUUGGUACUCCAACACCGCAAAUUACGUGGACUGUAGACGACAAGCCAUUGGAAACAGACAAGAGAGUUACUGUAUCCAACUACGACAGCUACACUCUCAUUCACAUCAUCAAUACCAAGAGGUCUGAUAGUGGACGUUACUGUCUGAAGCUGAAGAAUGAGUCUGGAAGCGACGAAGGAACGAUGAAAGUGAUAAUUCUUGGCAAACCAAGUGCACCUGAGGGACCACUAGACGUUAGUGACAUUCAGAAAGAUAGUGUCACGUUAUCUUGGAAGCCACCUAAAGAUGACGGUGGAAGUGAAGUAACGGCUUAUGUCAUAGAAAAACGUGACAAGUCACACAAUGGACCAUGGGUUGAAGCACUCACCAUUCCAGCCAAAUCAACAGAGGCCGUUGUGCCUAAACUGAUGGAGAAUACCAAUUACGAAUUCAGGGUCAAGGCUAAAAAUGCUCAAGGGCUGUCGUCCCCUCUGGAGACAGAUCGUUCAGUUCUAGUCAAAAAUCCAUUCAAACCACCGGGACCACCAGGUGCGCCCGAGCCUGUAGAUCAUGACAGAGAUUUCAUCAAAAUUCGCUGGUCGCCGCCUAUGAAAGAUGGAGGUUCUGAAAUCAUUGGUUAUGAUGUUGAGAGGAGAGAUACAAAACUCAACAGAUGGGUCCAAGUUAACCAUGGCUUAACGAAGGGUGCUAGCUUCACUGACAAUACUGUGACAGAUGGCCAUGUGUAUGAGUAUCGCACUAUUGCUCAUAACGUAGCCGGAUCAAGCGAACCAGGUCCAGCUUCCAAACCAAUAGCAGCUAAACCUAUGAAAGAAAAACCAAAAUUGCAUAUGGAUGGUCUUUAUGGAAAACUAAUAAGAGUACGUGCUGGUGAUCCUGUAUAUAUCAACAUUCCCAUGACCGGCUCUCCGCUACCGACCAUCAAAUGGACAUUCAACAAGCAAAACUUGGUGGACACUCCUCGCACUAGGCAAGAGGUCGGUGAUGAUUUGAUUAAGUUGACCAUUCCAAAAUCUGCCAGAACUGAUAGUGGAGUCUACACUAUUUUGGCCAAAAACGCUUAUGGUGAAGAUUCGGCUGACAUCACACUAUUAGUUUAUGAUAAACCUGCUGCACCAAGAGGACCUUUAGAAGCAACUGAAACUACUAACAGCUCAAUAACACUGAAGUGGUUGAAACCUGAAGAUGAUGGUGGCUCUGAGCUGACAGGAUACAUUGUUGAGAAAUGUGAAAUUGGAGCCGAUAAGUGGGCUCCCGUUGGAGGAUAUUGUCCAAGCACAACGUUCACUGUCAAAGGAUUGGACGAAGGAAAGCAGUACCGAUUUAGAGUCAGAGCAGAAAACAUUUAUGGCAUAAGCGAUGCUUUGGAAAGUAAACCUUUUACAGCCAAGAAUCCGUUCGAUCCUCCAGAUCCGCCAAGUCAACCCAAAGUUUUGGACCACGGACCAACAUUUGUCUCGUUGUCUUGGCAGCCACCAGCACAUGAUGGUGGAAAACCAGUCACAGGAUAUCUUGUGGAAAAGAAAGAAAAAGGUACUCAAGAAUGGGUACGGGUAACAGCCUUCCCGAUCCCGACGACGGAUUUUGUUGUACCCAGCUUGUCGGAUGGACAGACAUAUGAAUUCCGAGUCCUGGCUGUGAACGAAGGAGGUGUUGGCAAACCCAGUAAACCAACAGGACCAGUUAUGGCAGUUAAGAAAAUGUAUCCACCAGAAGCUCCUGAAGCGCCACACAUUGAUAAAAUUACCAAAGAAUCUGUGACACUCUCUUGGCCAAAACCAAACGAUGGUGGAAGCAAAAUCCUUGGUUAUUAUAUUGAGAAGCGAAUGAAAGACAGCAAAGACUGGGACAUUAUCAAUAACAUUCUUCACAAAGAUCGAACUUUCUUGGUACCAGAAUUACAAGAAGGUAAAGAAUACGAAUUCAGAAUCAUUGCUGUCAAUAACAUCGGUGAAAGUCCGCCAAGCAAGCCAAGUGCGAUGGUUCUUGUUGAGGAGCAACCUGAUAAGCCCAGAAUUGAUGUUGGAGCAGUGAAAGACAUCGUGGUAAAAGCAGGAGAAGAGUUUUCCAUUACUGUACCAUUCACAGGGUUUCCAAAACCAACUGCCACUUGGACCAAAAAUGAUAAGGAUAUUGAUGAAACGGACGCAAGAAUGUUCCUCAAGGUUGGCGAUGCUUCAGCUGUACUUGCGGUUACAAAUGCCAAACGAGAUGAUACAGCAACUUUCAAAGUUCAUCUCAAAAAUAAAUCUGGCUUUGAUACUUGUUAUUGCAGGGUCACUGUUCUCGACAAGCCAUCAGCUCCAGAAAACGUUCAUGCUGAGGAAAUCGAAGGCGAGACAUUAACCUUAUACUGGCAUCCACCGAAAGACGAUGGCGGUGCCGAAGUCACCAACUACGUGGUUGAAAAGAAGGAAGUAGGCACUCUGACAUGGAUUCGUGUUUCCAGUUUUGUUACCACCACAGCCUGCAGAGUGAGGAACCUGGUGGUAGGAAAGCAGUACGACUUCCAGGUUAUGGCUGAGAACCAACAUGGAACCAGUGAACCUGGAAAAACAAGGGAACCAAUUCUGGCUAAGUUACCUUUCGAUCCACCUACCGCACCUGGUGCACCCCAAGCUGUAGAAACAUCCGUAGAUUCCAUCACUUUGACGUGGCUGAAGCCAAGAGACGAUGGAGGCAGCCCGAUUACAGGAUACGUACUUGAAAAACGUGACAAGGGCAAAGACCGAUGGGCCCCUGCCUGCCAGACCACAAUCACAGAUCUCACUUUCAGAGUGACCGGACUCAAAGAAAAUCAGGAAUAUGAGUUCCGAGUUGCAGCGGUCAAUGCAGCUGGGCAGAGUCCAUUCAGUUCGAAUUCCGAAGGAAUUUUUGCCAGGCCACCAUCAAGUUCUCCAAGAAUCGACGCUACCUUCAGCAUGCGAGAUAUUACUGUGCUGGCUGGAGAAGAAUUUACUAUUAGAGUUCCAUUUAAUGCAUUCCCUACUCCAACAGCCUCAUGGACCAUUAACGGUAAACCUGUGGUCAAAACUGACCGAGUAUACAGUGAAGUCAAUGUAGCCUUCACGGUGCUUAUAAACAAAAAAGCAAAGAGAGAUGAUUCUGGAAAUUACACCUUAGUACUGAAAAAUCAACAUGGAACAGAUAAUGCUUCUUGCAGAGUACUUGUUGUCGAUAAGCCUGGACCACCUGAGGGACCUUUGGAAGCAUCGGACGUGAGUCCAGAAACAUGCUCUUUGUCAUGGAGGCCUCCAAAAGACGAUGGUGGCAGUGCGAUCACCAACUACGUAGUCGAGAAACAAGAAGCUACAUCACAGGUAUGGACUAAAUUGAGCAGCUACGUAAGGGGAUGUCAUUACGAAGUCAUGGGAUUGGAGCACAAGAAAAAAUACCACUUCCGUGUUCGAGCAGAGAAUAAAUAUGGAGUUGGUGCUCCACUGGACACUGACCGCCUCAUAACUGCCAAAUUCUCUUUCGAUCCUCCUGGCCCUCCGAGCACACCAACUAUCACAGAUUACGACGGUGUGAAUGUGAGCCUAUCUUGGGAUCCUCCUGUCAGCGAUGGUGGCUCAAGAAUACAAGGAUACCAGGUCGAAUACUGUGAUAUGGCCGACGGAAGGUGGCGUGCAGGAAACGAGUACUUAGUGAAGGAGACGCACUUCACAAUUCCUAACCUGACAGAGAACCACGAUUAUCAAUUCCGUAUAAAAGCGAAGAACGCAGCUGGUUUAGGAGAAGCUAGUCAACCAACAAGUACAUUCAGACUAAAGAAGAAAUUCAGUCCACCAUCACCACCUCAAGAUGUAAUGGUUGUGAAAGUUGGACGUAGUUAUGUAGAACUUAGAUGGGAGAAACCGCGUUCAGAUGGUGGAAGCAAGAUAACUGGGUACAUUGUUGAACGAAGGGAAGCCGGAAGCACGUUCUGGUUCAAAGCGAACGAUUUCCCGUGCGCAGAUUGCAACUAUACUGUGAUGAACCUGAUGGAGAAUGCUGAAUACGAGUUCCGAGUGUUCGCCGUCAAUGCUGCCGGCAAGAGCGAUCCCAGUGCUUGCACCAACCCCAUCAAGGUCUGCGAAGUUUCGGGUGGUCAGAAACCAGAGUUUGUUAGAAAACUCUUCAACAAAAGCGUUGCGCUCAAUAAACAUAUCGUCCUUGACUGUGAAGCUAUUGGAAAUCCAGCUCCUACAGCUAGAUGGUUCAAGAACGGUCGUGAAAUACAUUCCUCUGGUAGAUUCCUAUGCAGUGAAGGCAAAGACGGAGAGUUCAAACUCACCAUCACUGAAGUCUGGGAUACGGACGAAGGCGAAUACGCAUGCGUCGCCAGCAAUUCCUUGGGCUCCGACAAAUGUUUCGCCAGGAUGAUCAUUGCCGUUGCUCCAAGGAUUGAACGCUGCCCAGCAGAAGUGUACUUCCCUGAGAAGGACAACGGCAAGGUCAAGAUCUAUUUCUCUGGUACUUCUCCCUUCGACGUUUUGCUGUACAAAGACAACUUUGAGGUCAAAGAGGAUGGCCACAUCAAAUACACAGUGUUCGACGAUUACGUCAUUAUCUAUUGGAAAGAGAUCGAGAAGAAUGAUAUGGGCAAGUACAAGUUCACAGUCAAGAAUGAAAGUGGCUCGGCUGAAGCAGAUUUCAGGUUGUUCGUGACAGGGUUACCCGGCCCUCCGAUCGGACCACUUGAUGUGAGUGACAUCACGCAACACACUGCCACACUUGCCUGGAAAGUACCAGAAUACGACGGUGGAUGCAAGAUUACUCACUACUUCAUUGAAAGGAAGGAGACCACUCACAAUCAAUGGGUUAUUGCUGCCAGCUAUUGCAAAGAUACAACAUUUACAGUGCAAGGCUUGACAGAAAAUGGUGAAUACUUAUUCCGAGUGAUGGCGGUUAACGAAAACGGGCAGAGUGCUCCACUAGAAGGUCUUAAUCCAAUAAUUGCUAAGUUGCCCUUUGACCCGCCUGGACCACCAGGAGUACCAAAAGUCAUUGAAGUUGGUGGUGAUUUCGUCAAUUUGUCAUGGGAGAAGCCAGAGAAAGAUGGCGGUUCACGGAUCCUUGGUUACUGGAUCGAAAAGAGAGAGGCUGGAACGCAAACCUGGCAGAAGGUGAAUCUGACGUCAUGUCACGCAACACAAAUCAACGUCACGAAUCUUAUAGAAGGAAGGCAGUACGAGUUUAAAGUUUGUGCUUAUAACGAAGCCGGAGUCGGACCUGAAGUCCUCUCGGAAACAGCUGUUAAGAUUAUCGAUCCCGAUGCACCUGUUCCACCGGAAUUCAUGACGCCAUUGAAAAAUUGCAUGGUUACGGAGAACAAAAUUGCUCAGUUUACUUGCACUGUGGUUGGAAAUCCAAAACCACACAUCACAUGGUACAAAGGAGUGAGGGAAGUGUUUGAAGGUACAGGAAAAUAUACCCUCCUAAAAGAAGGAGACACCUACACCUUGAGUAUAAAUGACGUCUACGGAGAGGAUGCUGACGAGUACAGUUGUAGAGCGUAUAACAAGGGUGGAGUCAGGACAUCAAGAGCCGAGCUUCUCAUCAUGAAACCACCUCACAUUAACGUUCCACCAAGGUUCAGAGACGUGGCUCAAUUCGAGAAAGGAGAGAAUGUCACCUUGAAGAUUCCAUUCACGGGCUACCCGAAACCACGAGUCAAGUGGAGCAGGAACGAGGAACAAAUUGAAAAGGGUGCUCACUAUGAUGUCAUCGUCAGCGAAAGACAUGCCGUUCUCAUCAUUCGUGACGUCAGAACCGAUGACAAUGGGCCCUACCGCUUGGUAGUAGAAAACGAGCUCGGAAUGGACUCUGCCAUCAUCAAAAUCAAAAUUAGUGAUCGACCUGAUAAACCAAGGGAUGUUACUGCUGAUCGUCCAACAGAAGAUUCUGUCACUCUUUCUUGGAAGGCGCCAGAAUGGGAUGGUGGUUCGCACAUUCAUAAUUACAUCAUUGAAAAACAAGAAUCGCCAAUGACCAGCUGGAUCAGAUGCGGAAAUACCAGAUUGACAUUACACCAAAUAACUGGCCUGAAUGCAAACAAAGAGUAUCGAUUUAGAGUGUACGCUGAGAAUAUCUUUGGACGAAGUGAUCCUAGUGACGCCUCAUCUCCUAUCAUGACACCCCAAUCAAAGAAAGAAAAGGCAAAAAGAAAGCAAUUUGAUGCUCAAGGAAAGAAGAUUCGUGGAAGGUCAGAAGGCACAAUUUCAAACUAUGAUCAGUUUGUGUUCGACAUUGAUAAAUACAUUCCUCAACCCGUUGGCAUCAAGACUACCAGUGUUUACGAUUACUAUGACAUCUUAGAAGAAAUUGGAGUCGGUGCCUUCGGCGUUGUACACCGGUGCAAGGAACGUUCCACGGGACGAGUUUUUGCCGCCAAAUUCAUUCCGGUUUCGCAUCCAAUGGAGAAGACCAUGAUCAAGAGAGAGAUCGACAUCAUGAACCAACUUCACCAUCCCAAGCUCAUUCGACUGCACGACGCCUUCGAAGAGGACGACGAAAUGAUCCUCAUAUAUGAGUUCAUGUCCGGUGGAGAAUUAUUCGAGCGAAUUACAUCUGAUGGCUACACUAUGUCAGAGGCAGAAGUGAUCCUCUACAUGAGGCAGAUCUGUGAAGCUGUCAAACACAUGCACGAAAAGAAUAUCAUUCAUUUGGACUUGAAGCCUGAAAACAUCAUGUGCACGACGAAGAACAGCAAGAAUGUCAAAGUGAUCGAUUUCGGACUGGCCACGAAGUUAGAUCCCAACGAAGCUGUAAAAAUAUCUACCGGAACGGCCGAAUUUGCCGCACCAGAAAUCGUUGAACGGGAACCGGUUGGUUUUUACACUGACAUGUGGGCCGUUGGAGUGCUGGCUUACGUUCUAUUGAGUGGUUUGUCUCCAUUUGCUGGCGAGAACGACAUCGAAACUUUGAAGAACGUUCGCGCUUGUGAUUGGGACUUCGACGUAGAAGCGUUUGCGAAUGUGUCUGAGCAAGGAAAAGACUUCAUCAGGAGGUUGUUACAAAGAAGCAAAGACAAGCGAAUGACAGCUCACGAGUGCUUAGAUCAUGCAUGGCUGAAGGGUGAAAUGGAACCCUCAACGUCACCAAUCGAAAGAAGCAGAUACAUCAAGUUCAGGGAUCGUAUACGUGCAAGAUAUGGAGAUUACUGGUUCUCUUGUGUUAUUCCUCUGGGUCACAUUUCCAACUACAGUUCUCUCAGAAAACUCCAUGAAGAACGAUACAAAAUUCGAGAAUUUUACUUUGAUCGUAGACAGGCAGCGCCUCGUUUCGUCAUCCGUCCACAAAGCACCUUCGUUUACGAGGGCCAAGCAGCUAAAUUUUAUUGCCGAAUUAUUGCAGCGUUCCCUGCAACCGUUACUUGGUAUCGUGAUAGUGCAGAACUGAGACAGAGCGUCAAGUACAUGAAGCGCUAUGAAAACGACGACUACUUCUUUGUGCUCAACAGGUGCAAGACUGAAGAUCGUGGAGAAUACAUUAUCCGAGCCGAAAACAGUUACGGAUUCAGGGAAGAACCCGUUUUCCUCAACGUACAAGCCAUCCCUCGUGAUAUCCCCCAUGUGCGGCUGGAUGAGCCAGUGCGCAAGCGCUUCCCGAAGGCCAAACUAUGGGACGAACCCAGUGAUUGCGCCCCAUGCUUCACAUUCCAGCUCAGGCCUCGAAUCAUGCAGACCGGAUCGGUUUGCAAGUUGCUCUGCUGCCUGAAAGGAAAACCCACCCCCACGGUGAGGUGGUUCAAGGACGGAAAAGAGCUUAACAAAUUCGAUUACAACAGCAACCAUGCAGAUGGUGUUGUCACGAUAGAGAUUGUGGGAUGCACCGUCGAAGAUUCUGGAAGGUACAGUUGCAGAGCUAGUAAUCCAUUGGGAGAAGACGAGACCUGGUGCGAAGUGCUAGUCGAAGACCGUAAGGGUCCACCCCUCAAAACACCACUCAUUGUCGCUCCCACGCCAUCCGGGACACCUCUUCCUGGUCAAGCGUCUUCAAUCCGCUCCACAUACUCCCCGAUGAGGGACACAUACAGAGCAUCGUCCAUGUCUAGAACUGGAGGCGGUUAUUCCGGCUCAAGCAAGUACAGCUCCGAUUACUCCAGUAAAUACAAUUCCGAUUACUCUAGCAAGUACAGUUCUUCAAACAAGUACAGCUCAGAUUACAAAUCUUCAUCAAGUUACUCAUCGUCUUCCACAUCACGAAACGUCCAGUCUUCGUCCUAUAGUAGUUCCUCCACAAAAAAGGGAAGUGAUUAUUUGUCUACUGGUGGAUAUAGUUCCUCAAGGUUAUCGCCCUCACCAAGGUAUUCACCGCCAAGGUCAUCGCCUCCAUCUUCAAAACGCGUCCAAAAGCCCUAUGGGAAGAAAACAACAGCAGAGGGUGAAAGCCCUGUUAGAUCUAGGACAUCUACCAGGGAGUUGGAAAUUCCCGAUGAUUCGACCAUGGCUGCUCCAACAUUCAAAGUCGGCUUGAGUGACUUGAAAAUCAGAGAUGGGGAAUCUCUAUGUCUGAAGUGUGAAGUUACAGGUGAUCCUGACCCACAAAUUGAAUGGUUUAAAAAUGAUGAGCAACUUCACUCCUCUGAUAUCAUUGACUUAAAAUACAAGAACAAGGUGGCAUCUUUAUCCAUUGGCGAAGUAUUUCCAGAAGAUGAAGGGGUUUAUGUUUGCAAAGCAACCAAUUCCUUGGGAACUGUCUCGACCACAGGCAAACUAACCAUUUUGCCGAUGGAAAAGAAGAAAGCAGCCAAGAGUGGAGCGGGAAAACCUCCAAGAAUCACCAAGCACGUUUCCAGCAUGAUUGUUAAAGACGGAGAUCCAUUGACAUUCUCAUGUACAAUCAAAUGUGCUUCGCCGUUCGAUGUCGUAUGGCUCCACAACGAAAAGGAGAUCAAAAACAGCAAGGACUUCCAGUACGUGACAGAAGGCGACGAGUACAAGCUCGUCGUGCCAGAGAUAUUCCCGGAUGAUGCCGGAAUCUACACUUGUGAGGCAUUCAACGAUGCUGGAGAAGCCUUCAGCAGCUGCACACUAGUCGUUUUAGUUCCUAAUGAACCAGUCAAAGGACCAGGAUUCAAGAAAUUCCCACAGUCACAGACAGUUCACGAAAAUCAGCCAACCACUUUCACUGCAGAGUUGGAAAACAGUGCUGAUAAAGUGACCUGGACGAAAGACGGCAAAGUCCUAGACGAGAAGAGUGCCCUCAUCAAGACGUCGAAGUCGGGCAAGGAGUGCAGCCUCAGUAUCGAGAAGUGCUCCUCCAACGAUGUGGGACAGUACAGUCUUCGAGCAGCGAGUUCCUCUCUGGGAGACAGUAUAGCCACCUUCUCGUUAAAUGUCCUCACCGAAAGUGACCUGUGAUCAGGAUUGGUUCCUUUUUAAAAAAAAGUUUCUGCCGCACUUGUUCUCGUCUGUUCUGGAGCAUGCGCAGAAGAAACUUACGACAAGAAACGAAACAAGAAAAAUUCGUCUACGAACAUAAAUCGAUAUUUUACAGUAUCUGUACAGACAUCAUAACAUUGUCCGCGUGUAUGUGUGUGUGUUUCUGCGUGGUAUAAGUUUUAAAAUUAUCAAUGGAACGAGCUGAAUCUGCCCUUAAAAUCACUUAGCAAAUAAAUAUUACACUAAAAACGAAUGAAAAAUCGUAAAAAAAUAUUACAAUGCCCCCAUUAUUCAUCCAACGUAUCAAUAUCACAUACGUCAAUCGCAAAGUGAUUUUGAAAAAAGACAUUUAAGUUAUUGAAUUAUGAAACUAUAAGAAUGCAAUUUGUUGGAUUAAAAAUUAAAAUUCAAUGGGGUAACUGCAAGAAAUAAAAAUACGCCCAAGAUUUAUUGUCUAUUCAGAAAGCAGGUAAUUUGUUUAACUGUACUGCACAUCGAAAAGUCCCUGUCUGGUUUUUCAUAACUGUGUAAAAAAGUAUAUGCAACUAAUUACCUCGAUGAUUGUGUUUGGAAAAUGGACUAAAUAAAACUAUUAUUGCAUUUAAUUUUUCCAUCCAACAAAGUGCAUUUCGAAUCUUUCAUAUAAAUCAUCAUUGCUUUAAAAGCUUGAAACAAAGUUCUGCCAAUUGUGAAUAAAUGAGAAUGAUUUUUCAACACAAUUUUAAUUCGGAGAAUGACUGACUUUAGAAUGCUCGCCAUUUUUAAGAAAAAUCCGUGCAAACUUUCAUGUUCUUAAUGUCUCAAAGACAUGUAGUGUCCGUUUUGCAUCCUGAAGCCCAAAUUUUUGUUCAAAUUUCGUCAUAGUAUUCUAUCAAUAGAUGUUGUAGAAAUAUGAUUGUCAAUAAAGUUGAUUCAAUCAGUUUA